UAAACGUGCAAUAUUUUAAAACUGUAUACAGUCUAGGUAUUGAACAUAUAAUCAUCACUUUUUUAUGUUUACUGUUUAACGAAAAUAUUAUGAAUAAGCGAGAAGUUCAAGUCCUAGUCGUUUAAUUGGGAAAUUUAAAGAGUCGUUCAAUGUAGAUGAUCGUCUUCCAGUAGCAAUUAAGCUGACAACAAAUUGUUUAAUAUACCUACCAAAAUAAUUUUUUUAGCACAAAUUCCUACUAUAUUGAAAUGGAAGUACAGGAUACUGAGCCAAAAUGCUCCUUGUGUGGAGCCAUAGUGGGUGAUUAUUGUCCAGAAUUCGUUGAACAAAUGAAAACAAACUAUGGUGACUUCAAAGAUUUUCAAGUAUUUUUUAAUAACUUCAAAAAAGAUCCCGAUUCAGUUCGUGACCAAUGUAUAACAUGUCGUAAAUUGAAAUGGAAAAAUAUGAAAUAUACAAAUAUCCGUCAAGUGAGACCACCACAUACCCAGACUGCAGAUACUCCGAAAAAAAAAUGGUUUGUCCAAGUUGCAAUUCUUUCAUCAUUAGCAUUAGUUUUCGGAUCCCAGAUAUCGAACUAUUCUAACACUUCUGACACUAAUAGUUUGAGGGAUGAUAAUGUGAAGUCCACAAUGAGAUCGCUAAAAAGUGAAUUCCCAUCGUUGCAGCAGAGCAUAAUAAAUAAACUAGGUGGUGCUCUUUUUCGGCUUGAAAAGCCAGGUGAACCAGUUGUUUUCAUGCUUUUGCAUGAUGAUACAAACAAAAAGACUACUGACUGCUUAGUGUCGCAUGCAAGCAAUGUGGCCAAAAAAUUCAUAUUCACUAACUCCCAAAAAAGCUUGUGGAUGAACGGGUCAGAAUGGACUAGUUAUUCAGACUUCGAUCAUGAAGACUUACUGUACAAAAAGCUAACUACGCCACUUGAAGAAAACAAUGUGCUAGUGUUAGAAAACUUGCAAGAUUUACCGUGGUCAUUGGCCAAAAUGCUGCACCAUCUAUGUGAUGCCGAAAAUCCAACAUUCGUAAACGCCAUGUAUAUGUUGGAACUUAGGGUAAAGGAUGAUCUACAACACCUGUCUGAACGCGAAAAAAUAUUAGUAGCCGAGCGAGCUAUGAACAUGGUAUGGCAGGACGCACCAAAUGAGUUCAGGGCACCGUUAAUUGCUCGACUCACAUCAUAUGUAGAUGCAGUACUGGGAGAAUCAGACCAACCAUGUCAUAGAGAAUCUUUCAUCAGGAUAUCGCCCUGAAUACAUUCUCUAAUUUUUUUGUGAAAUCCAUAAUAAGUUGAUAGGUGAUCUACUUUUCAACUGUAUUCAUAUGAUAUUAUUCAAUUUUAAUUGUUGUUUUUAUAUAUUAUACCUACCUAAAAAAAACGGUUUGGUUAGGUUACGUUUUUUAUUCUAUACUCUUUAUGUUUAUCAUUAUUAUAAUAUUUAAUAUGUAUUAAUUAAAUAAUAUAAUAUAUUAUUAUUAUAUUAUAAUGCAUCAAUAAUAAAUACAACAUUUCAAUAUAAUAUGUAAAAAUGUGCAAAUAAUUAAUUUUAGUUUUAAUUUGACUAAAGUAAAAGAAAUAUUAUUUUCAUAGAUUUUAUUUUAUUUAUACUUAUAUUUUCAAUAAUAUUUUUGAUAGAAAAAUAAUUACAAUCAAUGAUAGAAAAUAAAAUUAGGCAAGUGCAUAGUACACAUGGGCGUAGGUAGGGGGAGGGUGCUCAAAUACUCCCCGAAAUUAAUGAUAAAACAAUUUUAAAAUAAAUAUUUUGAAUUAAGCUUAAUGUAUAUCUAGACCAAAACUCUACUUAUGUCCAUGAUAGUACAUAGUGCAUAUUAUUUAUACUUUCACUGAUAUGAUAUAGAUUCUUGACUUAAAACCAAUAUUUUAAUAUGAAUAUAAUUACAUGGACUAUUAACCAUAAGUCAAAGAUGCCAAAAUGGAAUUUUAUGACAAGUGCCAGACUUAUUAAAAGGUGCGAAAUGGUGGCCUUAAAUUCUUGAUGAUACCUACAAUCAAUAUAAUAUCUGGACAAUAAAAUUCUGAUUAAUUGUUUCUAAUUUUUAAUAUCUAUUAUUUUUAUUUUUUUAAACGUCUACAAUUAGUUUAA